AUGGCUGCCUCAGAGCCGUCUGCGCAGCAGACCACUGCGCCAGAACAACCACCGCAUGAUCCAAAUGACCUGAAGUACCGUGGCACGCCACAAUGGCUGCACAACAGCGCCAUCGCCGUCGCAAUCCUUGGCCCAAUUGCGAUGCUCAUGCCUCCGCGGCGUGCAGACCUCCGUUCCGUGGUCCUGUCCGGCGGCACGUUCUGGGCCACGAACCAGCUGGCCUUCGACUACACUGGCCAAUCGAUCCGGCAGCGCUUCCAGUCGCGCAUGGCGGUGAUCACUGACGGCGGUCUCCCCGAGCAAGCGAGGCGGAAUCAGGAGCUCAUCCGCCAGGAACGCUUGCGUAGGGAGGCGGCAUUGCCUGAAGAGCAGCGAAAAGCGAAGGAGAUGGAAAGACGAAGGAAAGAGCAAGGUGUUUUGGAUCGCCUUUGGAUGGGCGGCGAGAGCGAGAACUGGAAAGAGGAGAGGGCGAAGAAAGAAAAAGAGGCUCUGGAUGAUGGCAGAGGGUACCAGGGUCUGAUUAUGGACCAAAUAUGGGAGGUUUGGACGGGCAAGAAGGCGGAAACGGAUGACGACGAAGCAAAGACUGAGACUGUGGGGGCGCACGACCAGGCGAAGAAACCAAAAGAAUGA